CUACUUUUGUGUAACAGAAAUAUUACUUUAAACUGCAUUCUUAAUUUAAUUGCUCUUCUCUUAACAUAAACGUUAACUUUAAAAAACUAUAAAAACUUUUAUAGGAAGUAGCAGAACUGCGACGGCAGGUGGCUCUAGAGAAUUUACAAAAUCAGAGAAUGGAUAAUUUGGAACAGGAUGUACCGGUGGAAUUUGAAUGCUGCUUCUGCACAACGAAGGAAUUCAAGGAAUUCACAGAUGCGGAGGGCGUCAUUUCUCUUCCAACUUCUGACUUCCAUAAACCCAUUUGCUUAGAAAUGCGCAUGGCCGCAAAUCAAGCUAAUCGACAGUUAUAUGCUGAUCAGUAUGGCUUGAUAUCACCACCCACCCAUUUAUACAAUCAACAGCAACAACAAUUAACCGGUGCUAUUGCUGUAACAGCAGGUGAAGCGCAUGCAGAUGUUAUAUUUUCAAUAGGACAUGCUGCAGGACGUACGUCGGCUCCCUUCACUGCCACUGGUAUUGUACCCACUUCACAAUCAACAUCCUCAACAUCUUCAUCAUAUGGUACUACAACAUCGACCACAAUAGCGCUGCCACUCGACACACCGUUCCGUUAUCCACCUUUUAUCUCCAGCAGUACCAAUAAUAAUUUUAACCAUAACUUCAACAAUAACUUCAACACAACAUCUGUUGGUGCUUGCAAUGCAUUGGCCAUGAGUACCGGCAAUGGAAUUCUGGGGCUUGGUAAUAAUUUCAACAACAAUUUCAGCAGCAGUAAUAAUAACAAUGCCGAUUUAGCCAGCGUUGAUAGCUCGGAUACAUAUGCAAGUUGCCAAACACAUCCAUUUUUAUCACAAGGUGAUCUCACUGCGGAUUUAGGAGAUGAAGCAUGUGCUUUGGAUAUAGACAUGGAAAAUUUGUAUAUAAAUCCGCUUGAGAAGGAGUCAACAAUAGGCACGACCGGAUUUGUAGUUGGCUUGCCACCGACUAGUGCAACAAGUAUGUCACGUUCACAUGUAAAGAAAAGUGCUUCGGGUGAUACAGCACUAAGAAAUUUGGCCACUGGAGCUUUAAGUCCUAUGGAUGAUGUUUACCAAAAUUUUGAGGUACAGGAGCGAGGUAGUCGUGUUAGUCUUAAUGAGAACCCAGUGCCAAAGCAUCGCAAAACGCGUUUUCAGCAAAGUUUUUCAUCAAUGCAUUCCAGUAUUAUAGCUGCGGGGACUGUAGUAAAGCCCCGAGCACGUUUUGAAGACUCAAAGGUCUCACAGGAGAAUGUGGGCCAAGAAUCAAGUCCUGCGAGUAGCGGGAGUAAAAAGAAGCGUUCAUCUUUUAUGCCGGGCAAAAGUUUAGCCACUGCCACUAAGUUGAUAAAUCAGCAUUUGUUCGGUAUACAGAAUAUUGGAUCUAAAGCCAAAUUUGAAAGUAAACAUUCCUCAUCGAUAGAUUCAAUUGACGCAUCACCAAAUCUUGAACACCAUAGACGCUCAAAAUCAAUAUUAAAAAAUAAAUCAGAUAUGUCGAGAAUAUUGACGGAUCCAGAAAGCGAACGUCUGCUUGCAGAUAACAUGUCUGGUUCUGGUGUAUCUGACAAUGGCACAGUAAUGAAUUACUUGCAGGGCGAAUCUGGUAAAAUGAACACCAACAAACAUUUCCGAGUUGAUUUUGAUUUAUUGAAAAUUAUCACAAAACUUUCUGUGUAA